AUAAGAACCUAUCAGCUGGGAUCUGUGGCGCAAUGGUAGCGCGUCUGACUCCAGAUCAGAAGGUUGCGUGUUCGAUUCACGUCGGGUUCAAAAUCCCGAUUCUUUCGGAUCCAUUUUUUACCCCUUAGUUUUUUGUUUGGGUAGUUUCGUCAUUUAAUUUCUUCCAGAAACUCCAUAUUUAUCAAACAACCCCCCGAGAAGCCCCCCCCUAUCAGCAGCUCCAAACAACGAAAGCUAAAAAUAAAAUGCCCCUAAUUUUAUCACCUUACUCUCUGCAACUCUCCACAUUCCCUUCUCCUUUUAAACAUAAUUCUUCACCAACUAACCUAUCCUCCCUCACCCAACCAUGUAAUCUUCCAACCCGACCCAUCACACGAAUAUCCUGUGCUACCCGACCCAGGAGGAAAACGGGUUCUUCAAAACCUGAGGACGCCGAAGCCAAGGAACUAGUUCGGGUCUUAAUGAGAAGUUUCGGCGACAAAGAGCCGUUGGUUAAGACAUUGAGCAGAUACGUGAGAGUUGUGAGAUGCGAGCACUGUUUUCUCCUGUUUGAAGAACUCGGCAAAACUGAUAAAUGGCUUCAAUGCCUUGAGGUUUUCAGAUGGAUGCAGAAACAAAGGUGGUAUAUUGCCGAUAAUGGGGUUUAUUCGAAAUUGAUUACGGUUAUGGGAAAGAAAGGCCGAACUAGAAUGGCUAUGUGGCUCUUCUCUGAGAUGCGUAACAGUGGUUGUCGGCCUGAUUCUUCGGUUUAUAAUGCUCUUAUCACCGCCCAUCUCCAUUCCCGUGAUAAAGCCAAAGCUUUGGACAAAGCUUUGGGUUACUUCAACAAGAUGAAGGGAAUUGAACGGUGUAAACCCAAUGUUGUCACUUACAAUAUUCUUUUGAGGGCCUUUGCUCAAGCUCGAAAUGUGGAUCAAGUUAAUGCUUUGUUUAAGGAUCUUGCUGAGAGCAGUAUUGCCCCUGAUAUAUAUACAUUUAAUGGUGUGAUGGAUGCGUAUGGGAAAAACGGGAUGAUCAGAGAGAUGGAGUCUGUUCUUUCUCGGAUGAAAAGCAAUCAGUGUAAGCCUGAUAUUAUUACAUUUAACGUGCUUAUUGAUUCUUAUGGCAAGAAGCAAGAAUUUGAUAAGAUGGAACAAGUGUUUAAGAGCUUGUUGCGCUCCAAGGAGAAACCUACCCUUCCUACAUUUAAUUCGAUGAUCAUAAAUUAUGGCAAGGCGCGGCUUAAAGAGAGAGCUGAAAAUAUUUUCAAAAAGAUGACUGAUAUGAAAUACACACCAAGCUUUAUCACCUACGAGAGUCUUAUAAUGAUGUAUGGAUUUUGUGAUUCUGUUUCUUGGGCGAGGGAAAUAUUUGAUGAGAUUGUUGACUCUGGGAAGGAAAUGAAAGUUUCGACCUUAAAUGUCAUGCUUGAAGUUUACUGUAGAAAUGGUCUACCUAUGGAAGCCGAUAGGCUAUUUGAUAAGGCAAAUAACAUUGGGGUGAUUCCCGAUUCAUCGACAUAUAAACUUCUAUAUAAGGCCUACACGAAAGCUGACAUGAAAGACCUUGUACAGAAGUUGGUGAAAGAAAUGGAAAAAGAUGGUAUAGUCCCUAACAAGAGAUUCUUCCUAGAGGCUCUUGAAGCCUUUGGAUCUCUACCGGCUAGUCCAGAUUCCAUUCGAGCCACAAGGAGUGGCAGGCCUGAGACUAAUGCAAAAACUGAGGUUAAAGUAAUUAAUUGACUGGUUCUUUGUUAUUUGGGUCUCCUUCCAACUAAGCCUGCAUCAGAGCAAUGGAUGGUUUUCAAUUUCAGCUAUAUUGACUGUUUUCCCCCACAAAAUGCGGCCGGUAUAUGUCUCAAUUUGUUGUUUUCCCCCACAAAAUGCGGCCGGGCAACGAACCGAUUCUUCCCUCUGGUUUAAUCUGAAUGCAGGCCGGUUUCAAAGGCAAUGCAAUAAGACAAUUAAUGCAGAACAUUGCUCGUAUUGCAGGCUUUAUCCAUACUCAGUUGUAGUUACAAAGAGUUCAGACAGUUGGGGUAUCUUCCUCGAAUCGUAAGCAGGUACUUACAGCAAUUUUGUUUUGACUCUUCAUUUUGCGUAAAGGAUGGUUGCAUCCGACAUCAGUAUCUAACAUAUAUUUGGACUGUGGUUAUGAGUGUAUGAUUGUUCAAAUGUAUGAAAGAAAUCGAGUGUAUCUGUGUUGAAUAUAUUCCUUUUUCCUUAAGGAAGCAUAUAUGUUGGAUAAUACUAAAUGUUAUUCAAUGGUAAGAGGAUGGCGAUGUGUUUUUGUAAUAUCCAAAUUCACAUAAA